AUGCGUUCCUUCAUUCUCUCCCUAUCAGCCUUCAUUGCAACUCUCGCACUGGCGUCCGCCACUGAAGACCCAUGUGCUCAGAUGUGUUCAUAUGUAGAGGGCUGUGCUAACUCAAAGUACGAUUCCUACUGCAAGACUUGGCAGUCUCCUUCUGUCUGCUUUGGUCUGAUUAAGAAAUCUGAUGGGUCGAUAUGCUUCGAGCCCACUGAUGCUGAUUGUGUUGGGGAGUCUAUUGCCUGCGGCGAGCAGCAGCCCUCUGCGGCACCUGGUACCACAGUCAUGGAGGGUACCACAGGAGUGCCUAUGACUACCACUGCCAGCGUCGAGUCUUCUGGUGCCUCGACCUCAUCAGCUCGUCAAACUUCCACCGUUGUCGAGACCACUCAAUCUGAGUAA